UUGGUGUACCAAAACUUGGGGAAUUGGUCUGUAGUUUACCAUCCUCCGCCUGGUUACAUGUAUUUAGCUCCUGUAUUGGGUCUUCUAGCUUAUGAUGCUUCAAACCUGAUGGCUAAAAACUUGUCUUUGCUUGAUAUUCAUGCGUCUGGUCAGCCCAUAUCGAUAAACUUUUCGGAUAUUAAAUCAUUGCCUGAAGGGCCAGUUCCUAGGUGUGUUGCAUUUAAUUUAAAUGGCACGAUCAAUUUCAGUGUUUUAUCUCCAGACAAGAAAUGUACAACAUUCCAACUGGGUCAUUUCUCGGUUGUAGUUGAGUCAACUGCUCCUACUCCUGCACCAGUAUCUCCAAUGCCACCAGGACCGGGGGCUGGUCCAGUACCAAGUGGCCAUGGAAAGAAGAAUAAUUCAAAGGUCUGGAUUAUCGUUGGGUCGGUGCUAGGAGGUUUGGCAUUGUUGGUUAUGUUAGGACUUCUAGUACCGUGGGUGCACAAGUACAAGAAGACCAAGAAAAUGCAGCGUAUGGAGAGGGCUGCAGAGGUUGGGGAGUCAUUGGAAAUGACUAGGGUUGGAAGCACAAAGGCACCAACAGCCACAGUGACGAGGACGCAACCAACCCUCGAGACUGAGUAUGUACCUUAAUUUGUUCAUCCGCAUAAGUUUGGCCUCUACUAUUCAUAUUCAUGCCCUUGAAUAUUCUUCUGAUUGCACCUGAUUUGCUUGGUGUCCAGUACAUUGUUUUGUUCUUUUCCUUGGAAGUUGCAGGUGGUGGGUUGAGGAAUGUAUGGUUAUUAGGGUAAAUAAUAAUCUGUAUUCUCUCUCAACAACCAUCCAUAGUUUAAUGAUUAUUUGUUGUGUGCAUUUAGGUUGUUACCAGAGUGAUUUCUUGAUUCUAUCUGUUGAUGAAUUUUGAUGUUCAAUUUACAAGUAAUAAAAAAAUUUAAUUGGCCCUUUUUA